UUUCAGGUUGCGAUCCGCAGAAACAUUUGUUUCAAGAUGGCGACCACGGGACAGCCGCCGCGGCAAAACAAAGGCAGAGUGCAGAUUGUUAGAUCAUCAUUACCAUAUCAAGUCCUCCUCUACCUAAAUGGAUGGUACUUCGCAUUCUUUUUUCUGUGUGAAAUCUUAAUUUAUGUAUACAAAGGUGAAAACUUGCCCUACGCAGACAAUGUGUUACCUGCAGAAGUGAUCUUGGUUUUCAUUUUGGCUGGAAUAGAAGCGUUAAGAAUAUUUUUUGCUCAAAAAGGGAAUUUGACGGAGCGGAUAGUGGGCGUGGUUAUAUCAAUAUUACUGAGUAUUCCCGCCAUAUUGGGGACACUUUACCUUAUCUUAUGGCAGACCUACGUAUUACGAGUAGACGUCAUUUUAGCUGCAAUUCAGGCUGCCUUCAUAGGACUGGAGCUAAUAUUCGGAAUCAUCUGCAUGAUAACAUUUGCCAGGGCAACACCAUACUAAGUGUCGGGACUACUUUUGUUGCAUUGAUGGAGUUCUGAUGGGUUUUUUUCAACUAGAGAAAGACUUUCAACUCUCCUCAUUUACAAAUUACAUGUGUAAUUUAGAAAAUGGAGUCACAAGUUGUAAUUAGAAGAUUCUAUGCAAAUAAUAAAAUUACAUGUACAAUAAAUACAUGUGAUAGAAGUGGAGGCAGCAAGUCCAAACUGGAUGAUUCUAUGUAAUGGAUAUUGAAUCAGACGAUGCUCGUUUCCAUUUCCACAAUAUGGGUUAAUAUUUUAAAAUCCAUGUGUCUUUUAUAGUUUAUAAAAAAAAUCAUUUCAAUGGUGACUUAUUCUGUGUAACAUUGAAAUAAAUUAAUCAUGUGAAUGGUUUUAGACUAUAUUCAAAUUCGAAUAUUGUCGAGAUAUUUUAUAUUACAAUUAGAAAAUAAAUGUACAGUUUUUAAAACUUCAGUUGUACAGAGUAUUAUAAAAUCAUCAAACUUGAAA